AUUAUCUCUCUAUUCGAAUUUAAAGCUCUAAUUACCUAUCAUUAUGUGUAAUUAUAUUUAUAUUAAGUUGUGUUUGGGAACCAAUUGCGUGUUUCAUUUCUUCAUUUGUGUACAGAAUGUCAAAGGGCAUGUUAAUACAUUUUUUAAAGCUAUUCAUAUUUAUUGUGAUCUCUUGCGUAUGUUAUAUGAAAAUAUUACCAGAAAUCAAAGAGAUAAUCUAUAAAUAGUAAUAUUUACAGAACUAUGCUGAAGGAGUGUAUUACAAAAUUAAAAAUAUUGAAUGCAAAGCAAACCGAAGUCAUUUUGAAAAUAUUUCAUGUAUUCUGAAGCCCAUUAAUUGGACGCGGUCCAUAUUAAAUAUGGACGGUGAUAUAAUUGGAAACUUGACAAAUGCUUUUUUAUUUGUGGAGACAUUUUAUCGAGACCAUACGAAUCUUUAUAAGCCAUUUAUUUUUAAGUUUAAAUAUAAUAUCUGUCAACUGCUUGAUAAACGAAAACCCAGUAACUUUUUGGAGAGAUAUGCAUUGCUCCAUUUAAAAUCCCUAACCAACAUUAAUCACAGUUGCCCAUAUUCGGGACAUUUGUUCGCUCGUAACUUCCAUUUGGAUGAACUUUCAUUGCCACCGCUCCCUCUCCAGGAAUACAAAAUCAUUUUUAACUUUACGCAAAAUAAUCCUUCGAUUAAUUUAGCAAUCAUAUUGCUGUAUUUCGAAGCACGGGAAGACUAUCAUAAGAGAACCAGACCUGCUCGUUUCUAAUUGCUAAGUUAAUCUUUUGUAAUUUUAUUUUAACUGUAUAAGUACCUACUAAUAUAUGUUACAUCAGUUAUUUGCUGGUUACAGGGUAAAUUAAGUCGAGCAAUCGCAGACUAGA